AUGUUUACAAUUGAUGCAGAAGAACCUCAGAAAGAGACAAAGGUGGUAAUUAUGGGCUGAAUUAAUAAUAUAAAAAACUUCAGACUGCGCGAGAAGAAUUUCGUCUGAUUUCAUUGGAAAAGGCAGACAAGACCCUUCUCUGUAAGGGAUCGAAGAAAGAACUUUUGGAUAUCCUAGCAAGUUUAAAGAAAUUCGAAGCAAAAAUUAAUGAUAAGCUGAUACAAAGAUUCAGAAGAUUGACCAGAGUAAGCAGCCAGUGGAUUAAAUUAAAUUACAUUUUUAGGAUUCGGUCCGCGUGAGUACAGUAUGCCUUACCAUAUUCUCUUUAUACUGUCGAGGCAUAAGACUAGCAGACCAUUUGAUCACAAUCAAUCCCAAUCGAUUAAAUCAGACAACUUUUUUAUAUCUUCUCCAUAAAUUCCAUGAGUUUUUUUGGAAGAAUAUGCAAUUAUUAGGACCCAAGAGUGAAAGCAUCUUCAACCAGACGACUUGUCAGCUCAGAUUCACAAAACUCGACGUUACCGUAUACUUUUCGGUACAGGCGUUGCACUUUAAUCGAUUGGUGGUUUGCAAACAAAGACAUAUGGCAGAAUUGACAAUGAUAAAGCAGCAACAAUUGCGGAAACAAGCGGUUGAGAAGGACAAAGAGAUGACUUACAGCCAAUUACCCUGGAAUCCGGUGGAUAUGAAGGCAAUAGAAGACGAUGUAAGCACUGUUAAUGGCUCUUUACACGUGCUUUUAGUUUCUACGCUCAGAAUUAUUGGACCUCGAUGAUGCCUGUAUUAUAAUACAAUGUGCCGAGAGAAGUAAGUAGUAAAAAAACUACCAAAUGAUAUUGCCAGUGUAUCAGGCACAUGCUCGGGGCAUUUAUAUGAUCGAAGUGAAGAGAAAAGCAAUGGAUUUACACAAGAACGAAGCAGAAGUAGACCCUGAACAUGCCGCCAAGAAAAUACAAGCAGUAAGAGUAAAUUAAAAGGUAUAAGAUGUACAGAGAACCAGAGGAUUCCUGGCCCGGAAACACACUCGCUUACUGCGAGAACAGGAAAACGCCGAACUGGGCAUUCAUCCAAUCUCGUUGAUCAACAAACGGAAGAACUUAGCCCAUCUUUUGCGAGACUUUCCUCCGGCCUCGCCUUUAUUUUCUUGUAUAGAGUCGAGUUCUGGACCCCUUAUACCCACAUUUGAGGUCGAUUUCAGUUUUCCCAAAUCAAUACAAGCACUCAUCGAACAGCAGAAUGCCUCCGUUUUCACGUCGGAUCCACUAGAGAACAUUCUAGAGGCCCGUGAGACGCGGAAAACUAACUAUGAGACCUUUGACUCAAAGACGGAGACCUUGUUCAGCAAAUUAAAUAACACGGGGAUAGCCAUUCUGGGGCCAGAACAGUCUCUUCAAUUCGAUGAAUUGAUCAGUUUUACCGUGCAAGUAAUGGAAGGACACGAAAUAUUCUAUUGGGACCUACGGAACUAUCUGUACAUGUCCGUUGUCAUCCCGAAUGGUAAUAUCAACUACAUUACAUAACAUGUAUCAUAUAGUAAAGCAACCGUUCAUUAUGGGCAGAUCUUUGAUUACAUCUUCAUCCAAUAUUUUCUGCUUACGAGUUUUUUCGACUCGGGGUUCUUUUCGAUGGCAUUAUUAAUAGCUUCUGCCCAUAAUGGACGUACACUAUAGUAACUAUAAAUUGAAAGAGUAACAAAUUAUAGUCCUUUCAACCUGGCCGGAGAUCUCAAUGCAGAAAAGAAACCUGCUUCUUGUUGGGUCAAAACAAUCCGGCAGACAUUCCUGGGCCAGAGCAAUGGCCCAGAAAUGUGGGGCAGUUCAAAUUACCAUAAAUGGAAAGUCCUUACCAAGAAGAAAAAGGUCGAAGAUGGUAGAAAGAAUAAAUAAUGUGAGUUACUUAGGUCCGAAAUUAUUUUAAAAUUUUAGUUCUGUCUUCUCGAUCACAAUGUCUUUAUAAUAUUUGAUACAUUAGACAUUUAUAACGAGAAAUACAUCAAGAAAUCGUCUCAUAUAAAGGUAAGGUGAGUCUGUCACGACAUUUGCGCAAAUUGACGGUUUGAGGAAAAGGACGCUUGCGGAAUUCGGGGAAACCCUUUCAUAAGUUCCUGUUUUCAACUAGCCUCUUCGAAUUUUUGUAUACAUAUUUUGAGACCCUACAUGAAAUGUAAUCCGGAAAAGCGAUCAAAGGUCUCUGCCCUAAUCAGCCUGGUGACAAAAUUCAUAUAUUCGGAAAAGAAAGGUUCAUUCUAUAAACCAGUUUUAUGUAUUAUAUUUUACCGGUGUCUUUUACGGCUUACCAAAUACACAUAAAAAUUUAAAGCCCCAUUUUUUGCCCUUACAUUUUGUGUCACAAUUCCGCAAUAUCGUCAAAUUGAAUUCAGCAAAUGUCGCGGUGCGAAAGUGAGAAGAUCAAUAUUGAAACUUUUUUCUUAGAAAUUUUUGUUCAGUCUACUGGAAAACUGGACUGAAGAACUCAGAGGCAAUGUUCAAAUCAUUGGAAUCUCUGCCAAGCCGAAUCUCGAAGAAAAAGUUUUAAAUUUGUUCCCCACUACGGUAACAAUCGGAACUCCGACUGCAUCCGAGAAAAUUGGUAAGCGACUAAAACGCAACAUAAUAUAUUGCAGAAGUGAUCGCUGAUCAGUUAAGUAAACGACUGGAAGAGUCUAAAUCCGAAAUUAUUCCAUACAGACUUAUUGAAUUAAACAAAUCUACAAAGAAAUUGAACAUCGGAAUGACCAUAGAGAAGAUCGACAAAAAACAAAACAGACGGAGACAAGAAUCCGCCCAUCUAUAA